CAUUUGACCACUGCUACUACUGUUUAAAAACGCGAGGAAGAAAAAGGAAAAAGCUGUGAAACGGUGCGUUGGGAGGAUUUUGAGUGCAAGGGCAAGUAACAAGGAUGAACAAGAGCAGUAGCGUUCUUAAAGCCCAAGAGAAGAGUGGGGGAGGAUCGUAUUCGUAAUGAUGAUAGGAGGAGGAAGAUCUUCGUCGUCUUCAACAACAGCAACAGCGGCAGGUGGAACAUGGGUUUCAGCAGCUUCUGUGUCCACUUCAGGGAAGAGGAUACAAAGGGAGAUGUCUGAGCUCAACGCGGACCCUCCUCCCCAUUGCUCUGCCGGCCCCAAGGGUGACAACCUCUACCACUGGGUCGCCACCAUCAUUGGCCCUCCAGGAACACCAUACCAAGGUGGCAUAUUUUUCCUUGACAUAACAUUUCCGAGUGAUUAUCCCUUUAAACCUCCGAAGGUAGUAUUCAAAACUCGAAUAUAUCACUGCAAUGUUGAUGCGGCUGGCAAUCUUAGUUUGGACAUCUUAAAGGAUAGUUGGAGCCCAGCCCUAACAGUUACGAAGGUGCUAUCUGCAAUCAAAUCAAUUUUCACAAAUCCCGACCCUUAUAAUCCUCACAUCUCUGGCAUUGCUCGAUUGUACUUAACCGAUAAAGCUAAACAUGAUGAAAUAGCUGCAGAGUGGACGCUGCGUUUUGCCAAAUAAUCCCCGAUUAGUCCUUUAGGGCAGCCCUACAAGCAGCACCCGAAGUUUCAACUGACUAGAUGCAGAUUGCAUCGUAAAUUUAAUGGUGGUGAAUUAGACUUGUGUCUGUGCUCUUUGGCAUCCAGGUUGUUUGAUAUUGGUAGAAGAACCUGUCUGGUGCUUUGCCAAUGAGAUGCAAAAAUGAAUUGUUUAAAUUUAGACCUCAUUUUGGCAGCAGAAAUGAAGCAAUGCUGGAUCAAUGAGGGAAACGCAGCACAAUGAGACUGUAUAUUGGGGUUACUUUGCUAUAUAUAUUUGAGGGUUUCUCCCA